UUCUUUCAUUUUGAGAAUGGACUUGAACCGAGCAGCAUGACAACAUACAAAUACCUCUCUCCAGAAGUUUUAUCUGGAUUUGACAAAUACAAGUACAGUGCAGUUGAUACUAGUCCUGUAAGCAAGUACAUAACACACCCUUUCUGGAACUGGGUAGUUGAGUUUGUGCCAAAAUGGAUUGCACCAAAUGUAUUAACACUGACAGGGUUUAUCCAGCUGUUGGUGAACUUUGCCCUCCUGACCUACUACGAUCCACAUUUCUUUUCUGUCAGUGGAGACCAUCCAGAAAUUGCACCUAUUCCAAACUGGGUGUGGCUCGUCUGUGCUUUCAAUAACUUCAUGUCACACACAUUAGAUGGCAUUGAUGGGAAGCAGGCCAGGAGAACAGGCUCCAGCUCGCCCCUGGGGGAGUUGUUUGACCACGGACUGGACAGCUGGGCCACAUUGUUCCUCCCAGUGGCCCUGUACUCUAUUUUUGGCCGUGGGGAGUAUGGUGUGGGAGUGUUCAGGGUUUACAUCAUUGUUACUGGAGUCAUGCUGUGCUUCAUCCUAUCUCACUGGGAGAAAUACAACACCAAAAUCUUAUUUCUACCCUGGGGUUAUGAUCUCAGUCAACUGGCCAUGACAGCUGUGUACCUAUUGACCUUUGUUGGGGGUCAUGAAAUGUGGAAAUUUAAAUUCCCGGUGAUAGACCUUUACUUCUCGGAGGUCAUAGAAAUCUGUAUGUAUGUGGGGUUCUUCGUCUUGACAUUUCCUGCUACGUUUUGGAAUAUAUACAAGUCGUACCGGGACAAGUCGGGUAAGCUGUACGGUCCGUGGGAGAUGAUACGCCCUCUUAUUUCCACAUUUAUAUUGUUCUUUCUGUUGUUCUUCUGGGCGCGAGUGUCCAGCUGUCAAGUAAUGGAACAGCAGCCUCGUCUCUUCUACUGGACAACCGGCACAGCUUUCUCCAACAUUGCAUGUCGUCUGAUCAUCAGUCAAAUGAGCGACACUCGCUGUGAACUCAUCAACUGGCUCCUCCUACCCCUGGUUACCAUAGUAACUGCAUCCUCACUCCUGUCACUAGGACAACUGGAGGUGUACCUACUAUGGGCUUACUGCUGCUUAGUUACUGCUGCUCAUCUGCACUUUGGAGUUCAUAUUGUUCAAGAAAUGUGUGAUCACUUUAAUAUAUCAGCAUUCACAAUUAAAGAGAAGAAGUAGAAGUACAGGUAACCUUGGAAACAGGCAGCUCAAGGUCAUGGCAUUACACCAAAAUCAAUAAAUAGUCCACUUCUGUUUGCAUAGAACAGACAAUCUAGUCCAUUAAACCCAAAUACCCAACUGUCACCGACGAUUACAGCGCAAGGAUAGAACCAUCAUUUAAACAUUGUUUGUUUUGUAACGUUUGUUUGGCUGACAAAAAGAAAUGGUGUACUGACAGAUUGAUGUGCAGAAGGAAAAUUCUGCCUACUGUUUUGUGUUUCUAACACAGCAGAUGUCAAUAAACAUGAAACACUUGUAUUUAGAUUAGGUUUAGAUGUGAAUUUUAGAAAGUGUCCUUGUAAUAUUCCGUUAGUUAGAUCCGUGCUUGUCAGUCAGCCAUGGAUGCCAUUUUCAACAUAAUUGGUCGGAUUGACAUCCAAGUUAUUGUUUAGUGUGGCAUUGUGACAAUGAACCAUAAGAUAUUUUAAAGGCUUUUCUUAACAAAAUCAUGUACUGUAGAUAAUUUCUGGAGUCUAUUCUUGUUAAUUUACAUUGUUUCAUUGUGCCAUUGUAACUUCCGUGCUGUGGAGAGAGGAAGUGUCGGAAUCUACCAUUAUAUCUCAGAGAGAAUUGAUUACAUACCUUACCUUGGUGUAGAUAUUUUCUAUGUAUUGAUUGUUGUUGACUGUGUCAGAUUGCUAUCUUUGUUUGAUACUUUGUGAGGUCACAUUUAAUUUUGUAAUACAAUGCUUAUACAUUGUGCUGAGAUGUGCAGUUCUAAGCUUUACAAUUUUUUUUUCACAAAUUCCUGCAAAGGAGAAAUUUUAAUGGUACAUGUACAAAUGUGCCGAUUACUUUUCCCGCAGAAGUGAGUUUGCAGAAAUGUACAGUACGCAAAUUUCUGUACAUUUGUAGUUUGUAUGAAAAAUAAGUUAUGUAUAUUCGAGAUUUCAAAUUUUUGCAGAUUUGGUGCAUCAUGUUGAUAUGGAUGAUUACAUUAUAAGACCUUGUUUUAAUUAAUUAAUGUUUUUGGAAUUAAUGGAAUGGCAAAGACUAGUAAACUGUUGAAUAUGACUGCACGGUUUUGGAUAAUGCAACUCUAUGUUAUCAUUUCCUCAGCAUAGUUUGAAACAAAACUCUGUGUAGGUCAGUGUAAAAGUACUAAAUAAUACAUGAGGGUCAGUAUCAUGUCUAAAUAAAAUGUUCUAUAAUAUGCCUGAUGUGAAGGUGUGGUGUUUGGUUAAGCUUUGGUGUUGUUGGGUUUUUUUUGUCCGUGAAUGAUUGAUUUUCUACAAACAUCAUCUCUUUUUAAAAUGCAAAGUUUUAAGUUGUUUUUAAAAUGGUGAUUUACUCCAUGGUAUGACGAGUUAACCUUGCUGUGAUAUGUUUGAUUUUCACCCCCACCUUCCAUAGUAAACAUUCCUCGAACUGACCUCCAGUUUCCCCUGGGACCCUCACUUUCCCCCCCGAGACCUUCAGCUUUAUGUUAAUGUUGCCACCAUCUGUGAUGUCUCAGGAUUUGAAGGACCAAACUUGCUUAAAGCAGACCAUUCAAACACUUUUUUAAAGGUGCAAGAUAUGUGAUUUCAUUCAAACAUAAUUUGUUUAGUAACUGAAAAUAAAAGAAUUAGUGCACAAUUAACCUCAUAUUCCAGAUUUAUAACAUUAAGGUAGGGCUUUGUUAAUUCCUCUUGAAAAAAAUCAAGAUGUAUUUAUACAAAUUUUCUUAAAAACUUAAAUUAAUUAAACUUUCAAAAUGUUUUAAAUGGACAAGGUACACACAGUGCUUCAUAAUUUAAGAUCAAUGAGUAUGAAGUAAUUUUAACACAAUGUAUAUCAUUACUGUACCACCAUUUCAUUAACUUUGGCAAAUCUGUAUUUUGUAAAAAGCACAGCCAGCAAUCCAAUGUUAAGGUACAUGUAGAACUGGUAUUUAUGUUUCAUAGACAUCAUUUAUUAUUUUGGAUUGUGGCUGUGCUCAAAAUUUAUGUAAUAUUUGUCAAAAUACAGCUUUUUUUUCCAUAAAAAUCAAGAAUUUUACAAAUGAGCUCUCUUGAAAAAAAAGGCUUUAUAGUUAAUAAAUGUAUGAAGACUUUAUUUGAUAUUUCUGCUUAAGAUUGGGAACAAUUUGUUUGAAUUGGUAAUAAACAAGGAUAUUUAUGCAGAAAGUGACCCCAGUUCUAUAAGCAAUGCAGGACAGUCAGGGAAUGAAGUGGACACAUUCUUUAACCAACAAAAUAAUAGUCACAUGUCAAAAGAAUUUUAUGUUUCAUUUCAGCAGGUAUUGAUUGCUAGAUGAAAGUAAAUGUUCAGUUUGAAUGUUUGACUUGUGCAAAAAGGAAGUGAUACUUUGUACUUAGUUUGUCUGUAAAUGAUUGUGUAUCUAGAAAUGUAGUAAAUUGCUGUAUGUAUCAAGAGUUUUUUAAAUGCAGUCUCGGUGUUGCUAUAUCUCUGUAUGUAUCUGUUUUGUAUGUAGUCUCUGUGUUGCUACAUUUUUGUAUGUAUCUGUGUUUGUAUGCAGUAUCUGUGUUGCUACAUCUCUAUAUGUAUCUGUGUUUUGUGUGCAGUAUCUGUGUUGCUACAUCUCUGUAUGUAUCUGUUUUGUAUGCAGUAUCUGUGUUGCUACAUUUUUGUAUGUAUCUGUUUUGUGUGCAUUAGCUGUGUUGCUACAUCUCUGUAUGUAUCUGUGUUUUGUGUGGAUUAGCUGUGUUGCUACAUCUCUGUAUGUAUCUGUGUUUUGUGUGGAUUAGCUGUGUUGCUACAUCUCUGUAUGUACAGUAUCUGUGUUUUGUGUGCAGUCUCUGUGGCUUUUCUAUUUAUGCUGAAGUAUUAUUAAGUUUAAUUGACAGAGUGUAUGUAUCUGUCAUUUUAUUAAGUAAGAAAUUAUUUAUUGACAAUCUGUACAUAAAAGUUUAAUACUGAAAAAUAUAUUGAUUGGAAUGCAUUAUUGAAUAUGUUUUAAUGUAUUUGCAAAUAAAUUAUAUAGUAAAUUUAUUUACAGAUAUGGGCAAGCAAGAUUAUCUAAGAUAUGACUUUGUCCAGAUGUUUUCUAAGAGAUUAAUGCAUGGGCUUUCCUAAAAAUGUGUACACUCUCUAUUGACCAUAUGAUGAUGUGCACAUAAUAAUGAUUAGACAACAUUUCUUCAAGAAAAACCCAGCGGGGUGUGUUUGUCUAAUUCUAGUUUCUGUAGUACAACCACGCCCUUUGGUUGCUACAUUAUAAUGAUACCCCUCCUUAAUUUCUUAGGCAGACCCUUCCUUCUCAAAAAGUUGUAAGGUGGUGCAUACUCUCUGCAAAAUGUCUACAAAAUUCAUGGCAGAAAGACUUCUAGUUAUGAGUUUACCUGGACCCAAAAUCAUUAAUGUAAAUGGCAGUACAGUAAAACAUGGUUAUUGCAAACCUUAGGGGCCAGCGAAAAACUUCAUUAUAACAAACUCAAUACAUCCAAUACAAUUUUUGUUAUUUUCCUCACAUAAGGAAAUGAGUAUCAUUUUACAAUCAGCAUGAAUUCAUCAUAAGCAUGUUCAUUAUAAGCAUGAUUUACUGUAUUUUAUAUUUGAGAGUUAAUUGGACUAAGCGAAGGCAGUAUUAAACACUCAAUUCCUUUGA